AUUCAUCUUUCAAUGCGUUUUUUUUUCAGUUUUAGAUUUGGACUUUGGUAUAAAUAGAAAAACGCUUUAUAAGAAAUUGUGCUUUUACUGAAAAUAAUAUAUAAGUGUUUUAUUUACAAAUAAAUAAAUAUAUUAUCCGCCAUCAAAGAUGUCGUCAGGAAGACCGAUUAAAUGUGUUGUAGUGGGCGAUGGCACAGUUGGGAAAACAUGCAUGUUGAUAUCUUACACUACUGAUAGUUUUCCUGGCGAAUAUGUGCCUACAGUAUUUGAUAAUUAUUCAGCACCAAUGGUUGUGGACGGAGUGGCUGUGUCACUAGGACUAUGGGAUACAGCUGGCCAAGAAGAUUAUGAUAGACUAAGACCUUUAAGUUACCCACAAACUGAUGUCUUCCUUAUAUGUUUUAGUGUCACCAGCCCUUCAUCUUAUGAAAACGUAACUUCAAAGUGGUAUCCAGAAAUAAAACAUCAUUGUCCUGAUGCACCUAUUAUCCUGGUUGGUACAAAAAUUGAUUUAAGAGAUGAUCGUGAGACACUUAGUCUUUUGUCAGAACAAGGAAUGUCUCCAUUGAAGAGGGAACAAGGACAAAAAUUGGCAAAUAAGAUAAGAGCUGUAAAGUAUAUGGAGUGUUCGGCUUUGACACAGCGCGGCCUUAAGCAGGUAUUUGAUGAAGCCGUGCGUGCAGUGUUACGGCCAGAGCCUCAGAAGAGACACCAAAGGAAGUGUUUAAUUAUGUAAAUAUGGCACACCAAGACAAUAUGUCAAAUGUUAUGCAGGAAUCUCAAAUCAACAGUAAUAAUAUGUUUCUAUACCAUAAUGACAUACAACUACAGAACCGGACUUAAUAUAUCUCAUUGUCUCCCUUUAUUUAAUGUGCCAUAUAAUCCAGGAUGAAACAAAGAAUCUAACAAUGUUUAAACAUCACAAUACUAUGAAUAAUUUAUAUAUAUUUUCUCAUUAUAGCAAAUGAAAAUGCCAAAGAUUUAUAAAUAGGUAUAAGUUACAAUGUAGUUUUUUUUUUAUAUACAAAGGCUGAUAUGGUUGGAAACAGAUUGUUACUGUUAUAAUAUUUUGAGAAGUUAUAUUAUUUUUUUAUAUGAUAAUGACAUCUUCAAUAUUGAAGUUUUUUGGAAUAUAUUCUUAUGCAACGUGAAUUAUUGACUGACAGUUAGUAACGAAGCUAGUUAUGUGUACAACAAUAGUUUAGACAGGUUAGUUGCAAGAAUUAUAUUAACAGGCAUUUAUGUAACCAUCAGCAUUUGAUAAUAGAUCUUCUUAUACAUGACAUACGAUCUAGAUUUUAUCGAUUUAGGCACACGUUUUGUAGACCUAAGCUAGGAGCUACCUAAUGUUUAAAAACUUAUUGUAAUAAUUUACAUUGAGAAUGAAUAGAUAUGUUUAUUCUUAGGACUUGGCAAGAAUCUUUUUUAUAUAACUGUUUUGAGUUAGUCACUUACUAAGUUUAUAAAUAAUGUAUUAAAACAACUGCGAUACUCGAAUGAGGAAGCUUUGUCACGAUUAUUGUGUUUUGUGGUAUAUUUGGUUUUGUUUAGGACUCGUGAAGUGGACGUGUGAUUUAUAAAACGUGUUUUAUAGUCUUUUUUAGGUCAAAUAUUUUUGUAUGUGAAAAAAAAAAUAGCUUAAGAUGACAAGGCAUUUAGUGUGAUUAUACCGCAUCGAUAUUACUCGAAUAUUUUAUAGACUGCUUUGGAGUUACAGGAGAUGCUUGGAGUGAAUGUGUAUAUAAACUUUAAUUAUUUAUGUAAUAAGAACAAAUGGCGCAAUUUACAAAUAAAACCUUAUUGUAAUAUGUACUGCACUUUAUAAAUUAUUGAAUUAUAAA